AUGGCGAUCAAGUCUGUUGCGUUCGCUUUGCUCCUGUCGCGAUUAUGCUUGGCUGCUGGACCGUUCCUUCAAACGCUGAACGGCAGUUGGGUCAUCGGCAAUGACCUUUGGAAUGUUACGCAGGGCACCGUAUACGGCAAGCCGGCCUACUACAAAGGACAAGACAUUGUCGGCGAGGCCGUAGGGCAUUAUACUGGCUACAACGGUGAAACCAACCUCAACUUCCAAUCGGCCGACAUUGUAGCGCAGGGCGACGACUACAUCGACGUCAGUUUCAGCGCUUCUGAAGGCGAUCUACACUGGGUCAUCUUUGCAAACCUGUCUGGCGCGUACCAGUACUUCGUGAACCGCGAUCUUCCCGUUCUCGGCGUCUAUCGGACGCUUUGGCGCCUCGAUAACGAGACCUUCCCGAACGGUCGCACCAACAUCAAGGACGAACCUCUCCCUCCCUUCUCCCUCUACGGCAAUGCCACGAAGGUCGAGGACGAGACUUGGCAGCUCGCCAAUGGUACAUACAUUACCAAAUACGAUUGGAGCGACUUCAUCCGCGGCAUCGACUUCUACGGUGUAUACGGUGAUGGCUUCGGAAGCUGGUAUAUCAGACCAGGGACGGACUACUUCAAUGGCGACCAUCUGAAGCAGGAACUCAUCGUCCAUCGUGAAUCUGCAACAGGAGACGCCGUGCAGCUCAACGUCGUACACGGUACGCACUUCCAGGCCGCAUCGGCCGACGAGUUCCCUGUCGGCAAGAUCUUCGGUCCCUGGCUUUGGUACUUGAACGACGGCUCCAAGGAGGACGCUGCUACUCGUGGGAAGCAAGAGUUUGCUGCGUGGCCCUACUCCUGGCUUAAUGAUACCGGCUACCAGUCGCGCGCAGGCAUAGUGUCGGGCAAGCUUGUCCUUUCAGAUGGUCGCCCUGCCGCCGGCGCAGCGGUCUUCCUGGGCGAAAACAACUCAAAUAAGACCACCCUCGACCAGGGCUCGUUCUACAACUACGCUGUGUACGCCGACGACGAAGGCGUCUUCAACUUCACCGACGUUCGUGCCGCGACAUAUGGCCUGUAUGCGUGGUCCAAUGGCGGUGAUGUGCUUGGGAAUGUCACGACUACGUUCGUCGUCAACGAUGUAGUGAUCGCCGCCGAGCCGACGGUCGCGCUCGAAAACUUGGGCGCCUGGGAGGUGCCGACGGGCCGCGAUCAAAUCUUCCAGAUUGGCGCUGUGGAUCGCAAGGCGCUCGGCUUCGCUCUCGGCGGGCAUCCUUACCAGCAUGCGCUGGUCGACCAGGUCCCCGCGAAUCUCACCUUCACCGUCGGCCAGUCUGAUCCCGCCACUGAUUGGUACUUCGCACAAUCCGCGAUCGGGAGCUGGGAUGUCGAGUUUGAGCUCGCCGGCGAUGCGGUUGCGCUGAAUAGGUCCGCCAUCUUGACCGUCGCUCUCGCGGGCUUCAGCCGGGGGAGCAGUGCGGGAAUCUACGUCAACGGAGCAACGAGGGUGGGCAACUUGACCACUGACGAUGUUCCGACGGACCCGAGUCUCUACAGGAGCGCUACAGUGGCAGGGGAGUGGCAUGUGUAUGAGUUCGGUGUUGACGCAGGCGUGCUGCAAGAAGGCAACAACACGGUGAGCUUCGUGGGAGAGAGGUACACGCAGUGGCGAGGAUGGUUGUGGGAUAGCAUCAUCUUGGAAUGGGCAUGA